AUGCGGGCAGUUCCAUUGGGAAGAGAAGACGAGUCCUCUGCAAUAUACAAGCUCCUGGAGGAGUCAAUUCAAGAAAAGGAGUACGGGGUGCUCUAUGUAAGUGGUAUGCCCGGGUGCGGUAAAACACUAACUUGCACGAGUGUCCUGGGAAUAGUCAAAGAGAAUCACCCAAGUGUUGCCGUAGUGAAUGUCAAUUGCGGGUCACUUAUUCUGCCGUCUGAUGUUUUCACGGCAAUUCACCAGCUCAUUGACCCAACAGUAACCCACUCCACAGCAAGAUUAUUGGAAGAAGCAUUGAAGCAAAAUGUGUAUACAAUUAUCCUUGCAGAUGAAGUGGAUAUGUUAAUCACAAAGAACCAGCACAUUCUGUACGGUCUGUUGGAACUUCCAUCUCUCUGCAAAAAUCUGUAUAUCGUUGCAAUCUCAAACACAUUCAAUCUCCCGGACAGCAAGCUCACAGGGAAGGUGCGGAGUAGACUUGGGUGGAACAGACUGAAUUUUGCGCUGUACAAAAGGUCUCAGGUCAUAGGGAUACUUAAGGAAAUGAACCCAGAAUUCGAAUUUACAGAUGAAGCACUGGAGUACUGCGCAAAUAAAAUAUGCACACUGAAUGGAGAUAUAAGAAAGGCAAUGCAAAUUCAGAAGCACGCAAUGGCGCAUGCCAGCAGGAAUUCCAUCACAAAAAUAGAAAUGGAAGACAUGGACAGAGCAAUCAAAUACGUAUACCACUCAAUGCAGGGAAGUUUCAUUCGGUCUCUCUCCGAGUACCAAAAGAUCCUGUUGGGUAUAGUGGCCAGGAAGGGAUACUCAUUCCCAGACAGUUUGUAUGUUGACUUCCGGGCAACACUGUCACUCAAACAAUUCCCACUGCCUACCUUUAAGGAGUUCCAGUUUCUGGUGGAGAAAAUGGUUGAGAUAGGUGUACUAAAGGGAAGAAGUAACAGUCUUGCAGUUGAGACAGACUACAUCCCAGAUGAACUUGAGAUUAUCUUGGAGGAAGAGGAAAAUGACUGUCUUGAGGUUAUCUCCAUCUAG